UCUUAGCUAGUUGUGCCGUAAUGAUGUCUAAAUGUACCUGUCUUGUGUUGUUGUGUUGAUCCCGUCGUGGCAGGAAGAAGGUGGACAGAAAGCGGACGGAGGCGUUAGUUGCAGAGAAUCAAAGCGACGCGACGCCGCUAAGAUCGAAUCAUUGUGGUGAGCGAGGGCGAAAAGUCUUCCAAUCCGUCAAGGAGUUGCAAAUCUAGGUUGUCUACUGAUACGGAAUAGCAACCUCGGAGUGACUGUGCGUGUAAUCCGAUAUGGAUUCUGCGAGAAGCUGGUUUCAGAGAUUACAACCUAGGGAGAAGGUCAAACCCGGACUUACUAGGAAGGAACCUGGAAGUGCGAGGGAUAUGCAGAAGCCUCCAGUUGACGAUGCACCUUCAAAUGUUACUAAGAAGAAGGUCGCCGCUGCAAAGCAGUAUAUUGAGAACCAUUACAAGGCUCAGAUGAAGUCCUUGCAAGAUCGCAAAGAAAGACGCUGGAUGUUGGAGAGGAAGCUUGCUGAUUCAGAAGUUCCUGAGGAAGUGCAAAAUAGCAUUUUGAAGAAUUUAGAGACAAAAGAAACAGAAUAUAUGCGCCUUCAAAGACAUAAAAUGGGUGCGGAUGACUUUGAACUUUUGACUAUUAUUGGGAGGGGGGCAUUUGGAGAGGUCAGAAUAUGUAAAGAGAAAACAACUGGACAUGUCUAUGCAAUGAAAAAACUUAAGAAAUCUGAAAUGCUUCGUAGGGGUCAGGUGGAACAUGUGAAAGCUGAAAGAAACCUACUUGCAGAGGUGGACAGUGCCUACAUUGUUAAACUCUACUUCUCAUUUCAAGAUGAUGAAUAUUUAUAUCUCAUCAUGGAGUAUCUUCCCGGGGGUGACAUGAUGACUCUGCUCAUGCGCAAGGAUACAUUGACGGAGGAUGAGGCCAGAUUUUAUGUGGCAGAAACUGUUUUAGCUAUUGAAUCUAUUCAUAAGCACAAUUACAUUCACAGGGACAUCAAACCCGAUAACCUAUUGUUGGACCGACAUGGACAUAUGAAGCUUUCUGAUUUUGGGUUGUGUAAACCUCUGGAUAGUAGUAGUUUUCCAAAUCUUAAUGAACCUGAAUAUCAACCAGGAGGAAAUUUGGAUGACAGGCGGUCUAGUGUUUCUCCUGCUCCAAGACGUACUCAACAGGAGCAACUACAACAUUGGCAAAAGAAUAGACGGAUGCUGGCUUACUCAACUGUUGGGACACCUGAUUAUAUUGCUCCUGAAGUUCUUCUCAAGAAAGGAUAUGGAAUGGAGUGUGACUGGUGGUCACUUGGAGCAAUUAUGUACGAGAUGCUUGUGGGCUAUCCACCAUUUUAUUCUGAAGAUCCAAUGUCCACAUGUAGAAAGAUUGUAAAUUGGAGAAACCACUUAAAGUUCCCUGAAGAGGCAAAACUUUCUGCAGAAGCUAAAGAUCUUGUAAGCAGACUUCUCUGUAAUGUAGAGCAUAGACUUGGUACAAAAGGUGCCCAUGAAAUAAAGGCACACCCAUGGUUUAGAGGCAUCCAAUGGGAGAGACUGUACCAAAUGGAAGCUGCUUUUAAGCCGGAGGUUAAUGAUGAGCUGGAUACUCAGAAUUUUGAGAAGUUUGAGGAGACAUCAGUGCCAGUUCAAACUUCUUCAAAGUCUGGCCCGUGGAGAAAGAUGCUUCCGUCGAAGGAUGUCAACUUUGUGGGCUAUACUUAUAAAAAUUUUGAAAUCGUAAAUGACCAUCAAGUUCCAGGCGUCGCUGAGCUGAAGAAAAAGAGUAAUAAGUCAAAGAGGCCAACAAUUAAAUCCUUGUUUGACAUGGAUUCAACAUCAAUUCCAAGUCCACAUAUUCAAGGUAGCUUCCUCAAACUACUCCCUACACAAGUGGAGAUGUCUGAAAGCGUAGAAUCAUCUUCUCACUCGAGCAGUUCUUCUCUAGACCAACCCCAUCCUCGACAAAGAUAGCAAGAAACUCAACGAACUUUGUAACACCUGUACAACAAAGAAACUAUGGCAUCACACAGAACUAUUUUGUAGCCCUCAAUCUGUACAUAGAAAAUAUAUGACAGUGGUAUCAGCAUGUUUACCUGUAAAUUUGUGGAUCCAAGUUCGUAAAUUUACUUUUGGAUUCUUUAAUUUUUGUAACACUGAAUUUAAGUUGGUGCGAAGAAUUUCUAUUGUAGUGUGGAUCAACUACUGAACGGAUGAUAAUUACUUGAUUUUGAUUUGUGUCAUAUUAAUAAUGUAAAAUUAAGCACUCUAUUUCUUUGA